UACUCGACGAAAGAGCAGAAGAAACAGAGGGACACAUGGAAGACGAAGACGGAGGGCAAAAUACAGAGUCAGACCUGAACAAAAACAAGAAGAAAACAGUGAUAAAAAUACCAUCUUUUCAAGAAGUACUCGAGAGCUCGCAGUCUAAAUCCACCCCGCCUUCUCUCUUCACUCCUUCACAUAGUUUUGCUCAAGCAUUUGCAUUCGUCAAGUCCUCUGAGUUCUACUCGCCGCCUCCUGCCUCCACCGCCGCCUCACAACCGCCGCAGGCCUCAGACGCCACCAAUUCGAGGCAAACUGGCCAAUCUGAUGUUCCGUCUUCAUCAUCUGCACCUGCGAAUGCAGUUGCAUCAUCUUCAUCUGUUCAGCGUCGCAAUGCAAUUCUUGUGAGCCACAGACAGAAGGGAAACCCAUUGCUGAAACAUAUUAGAAAUGUGAGGUGGGAGUUUGCAGAUAUUGGUUGUGACUACUUACUUGGGCAAAGCUCAUGCGCUCUCUAUCUCAGUCUUCGGUAUCAUCUGCUGCAUCCAGACUACCUAUAUUUCCGUAUCAGAGAAUUGCAAAAGAACUUUAAGCUUCGUGUUGUCCUUUGCCAUGUUGAUGUGGAAGAUGUAAUCAAGCCUUUACUUGAAGUUACUAAAACUGCUCUGCUUCAUGAAUGCACAUUAUUAUGCGGUUGGAGCUUGGAGGAAUGUGGUCGAUACUUGGAGACUAUAAAAGUUUAUGAAAACAAGCCUGCAGACAUUAUUCAAGGUCAAAUGGAUACAGACUAUUUAUCGCGGCUAAAUCACGCGUUAACGACAGUUCGACAUGUUAACAAGACUGAUGUUGUCACCCUUGGUACUACGUUCGGGUCUCUUUCUCAUAUCAUGGAUGUUUCCAUGGAAGAUCUAGCUCGUUGCCCUGGGAUAGGAGAGCGUAAGGUGAAACGUUUGUAUGAUACAUUUCAUGAACCAUUUAAGCGUGUGGUUGCCAGUCGCCCUACUGUUCCAGAAACCUCUGUCCCAAGCAAUGCUGAACCUGGUUCAGUGGAUGAAGAUAAAGCAGCAGAGGAAACAGAAGAUGAAAGCAAACGUGGAAAGAAGGAACGAAAAUUGAGUGUUAAGUCGGCCUUGUCUGCUGCCUUUUCCAAAUAUGCUGAUAAAGUUAAUAGAAAGAGCAUCAACUCACAAGGAGAGAAACAAGGAGAAACAAGUACUGCCAUGGAAGCUGAAUCUGAAAACGAAUGAGUAGAAAUUCAAGGUUAGGUUCACUGUAACUGUUGCAUUCUUCGCAGCCGGUAGUUCAUCGACAAAGUUUCGUUGCCCGAAAUCCAUCUGCUGAUGGCACCAUCUUAGGCUGAUUUACGGUUCUAGAAAUGUAUUCGGGUUAUUGUUAAGCCAUUAAAGGACCAUGUUUAAUAAAUUAUUACAAAUUUACACGCGAAAUGCUCUUCUUGUACGUUCAUCUUCGAAGUUAAGGGUUUGUUUGUAACUUUCUUAAAUGAUUGAGAGCUGGUUUGGUA